UAAACUAUCCCUUCUCCUGUCCCAUCCUAUACCACUUGUACACUAUUUCUUUGUCUUCUCUGCUCUGUUAAUGGUAGCUUCCUUGUCAUCAAACCAUUAUUUUACGCACUUCUCAAUUUCCAUCUCUCUGUGACUUUCACUUCCCGAAACCUCAAACAUUGCCCUUCCAACCCCCACUGCUCAGAUGGCCUCUCUACAACCCUUCAAUUGUGCCACUCCAAAACCCAAACCCAUAACCCCUUCAGAAAUUAUUGCUGAAUUCUCACACCAUGAUCCCUCAAUCGCCCGCAUAAACAACGGUAGCUUCGGUUGCUGCCCCUCCACCAUUAUUGCCGCCCAGCAAAACCACCAGCUUCACUUCCUCGAACAACCCGAUAACUUCUAUUUCAACAUCUUAAAGCCCUCCAUCCUUAAGACCCGCCAAAUUAUCAAGACCCUUAUCAACGCCGACCAUGUUGAUGAAAUUUCUAUUGUCGAUAACGCUACAACUGCCGCCGCCAUCGUUCUUCAGCACACCACCUGGUCUUUUUUCUCGACCCUGUUUCAACCGGGCGAUUCCGCUAUUAUGCUCCACUAUGCCUAUGGGGCUGUCAAGAAAUCGGUUCAAGCGUACAUUACUCGCGCCGGCGGCCAUGUUAUCGAGGUUCACCUUCCUUUCCCUCUUAAAUCGAAUUCUGAAAUUAUAGAAGAGUUCCGAAAGGCCCUUCAGAUGGGCAAAGCAAAUGGUCGGAAAAUUCGAUUAGCCGUGAUUGAUCACAUUACUUCGAUGCCUAGCGUUAUAAUUCCCGUUAAAGAGUUGGUUCAGAUGUGUAGAGAUGAGGGCGUGGGUAGGAUUUUCAUAGACGCAGCCCACGCGAUAGGGAAUGUCAAGAUAGACGUGAAGGACAUAGGUGCUGAUUUUUACACCAGUAAUUUGCAUAAGUGGUUCUUUUGCCCACCCUCUGCGGCAUUUUUGUAUUGCAAGAUGUCAGACGAGUUAUCAGACUUGCACCAUCCGGUGGUUUCACAUGAAUAUGGGAAUGGGUUGGCAAUGGAGAGUGCAUGGAUUGGGACGAGGGAUUACAGCCCACAGCUUGUGAUGCCGGAGGUGAUGGAGUUUGUGAGUAGAUUUGAGGGUGGGAUUGAGGGGAUAAUGAGGAGGAAUCACGAGAAGGUUGUGGAGAUGGCGGAGAUGUUGGUGAAGGCAUGGGGGACGGAAUUGGGCACACCUCCAGAUAUGUGCUCAAGUAUGGCGAUGGUGGGACUGCCCCCUUGUUUGGGGAUUAAGAGUGAUGCAGAUGCAUUAAAGUUAAGAACACAUUUGAGGGUGUGUUUUGGGGUUGAGGUGCCAAUUUACUAUAGGGCGCCAGUGGAGGGGGAGAUUGAUCCAAUAACAGGGUAUGCAAGGAUUUCUCAUCAGGUGUACAAUACUGUUGAGGAUUACUACAGAUUUCGAGAUGCUGUAAACAAGCUAGUCAAGGAUGGUUUUUGUUGCAGUUUUCUUACAUCAUGAGAAGCUUGAUGGAGAAUCAUGUUCAGUUAGCGCAACCCCUUGAACUUCAAAAUUUUAGAAGACGGUGAAGAGUAGAAUGGAGCAGGACCUAAAAACAGCAUUUGCUCUUUCCUCCUCACAUUUUAGAUACAAAGAGCUGGCAGGUACAAUAAUGUUGACUUGUCUUGAUCGUGCGCAGGAGCUACUUCGUGAAAGAUGUCUCAAAAACCAAAUAACUAUGGAUGCUUUACCCAUUGGCCGUCUAGUUAAUCUCAACUUCAAAUUUUUAGAUGACUUUAUCACCAACGGUAGACGAUUUUAUUCUCAACUUUUAAAAGUUGUAUAUUGUGAAGUUGUUUGAAAUAAUCAGCAUACCUCUUUCUCACUUUUCUUCAUAUUAUUGAAUACUCUGGCAUUGAGUUGGAGUUUUAUGGUA